AAAACGGGAGACAUUCCUACUUGAAUUGUGUUUAAAGGUACACCUGAACCAGGUGGCAAUUUAACUGGUUCCAUAUCAAAUGGAAAUGUGAAGAUCACGCGUACGCGACAAAAAGCAGCGGGACGGAAAGCGAUUUUAGAUGAUGCUCCGAAGGCCAAUCGACCAAGUUCAUCUACUUCACAAUAA